AUGGACAAAGAAGACGCGGACAGGCUGGUAGAACAGGCCAAGCAGUGUUUACGGUCCGGGCGGAAGGAGAGAGCGCUGCAGCUGCUGAAUGAAGCCCAGAGCAUUUUCCCCAGCACCAGGGCCAGAGUACUUAUUGAGGCCAUUCUCAGAAACGGAGGCUCUCGUAAUACAGAGUCGAACCAUGUACCUCCACCGUCAGGCUGGAGAGACGAGGACUUUGGAAAUAAUGACACAACAAACGCCACUAAAACGAAUCAUGCCCAUAGUGAUGAAAAGCAUAGCUACACCGAGGAUCAACGACAGUCUGUUCUCAGGAUAAAGAAUUGUAAAGACUUCUAUGAGAUCCUUGGUGUUCCCAAAGAUGCAAGCGAUGAAGAUCUGAAGAAAGCAUAUAGAAAGCUUGCAUUAAAAUUUCACCCUGAUAAAAACUGUGCUCCUGGGGCAACAGAUGCAUUCAAAGCAAUAGGUAAUGCAUAUGCCGUGUUGAGUAACCCAGAGAAGAGGCAGCAGUACGAUCAGUAUGGAGACCAGUCCAGCGCCCCGGCUCCGCAGCACUCCACACAAGCCCAUCCCCGACACUACCGCAACUUCCACCGAGACUUCGAGCCCGACAUCUCCCCUGAGGAGCUCUUCAACAUAUUCUUUGGAGGACGGUUCCCCACAGGAAACAUUCACGUGUACACUAACCAGGGCGCCUCCUACGCUCAGUUCUAUCAGCCGCGCCGUCGACGAGCGUAUGAGAGGCGUGAGGAGGUGGUGGAGGAAAACCAAAGUCAGAACACCUUCACCGCUCUGCUCCAGCUUCUCCCUGUGCUCGUCCUAAUCCUCAUAUCAGUGUUUACUCAGAUGAUGGCCACUAACCCGCCCUACAGCCUCUUCUAUAAACCAGCUUUGGGGCUGGUAGUGUCCAGAGAGACGCAGCACAUGGGAGUACCCUAUUAUGUAGAGAAAAGUUUUGAGAAGGAGUACCGCGGAGAAGCGCUAGACGAGCUGGAGAAAACGAUAGAAAGUGACUAUAUUGAGCAUCUUCAGAGCAGCUGCUGGAAGGAGAAACAGCAAAAGUCAGACUUGGCAAAUCUCGGACAACUAUACAGAGAUGAGCGGUUAAAGCAGAAGGCUGAAUCGAUGAGGCUGGACAACUGCGAUAAACUGCAUCGACUUGUGCAGCGACAAAGAGGCUAA